AUGACGUGGCUUCGUCGUAGCCCUCCGAUCACUCUCCAUCGAAACACAAUCAAAUUUCUCCACUUAUCUUUCCUUUCCAUCUCUCCCUCUCGUUCGCAUCUCAUUCUGAAUCUCGCGCCGUUUCUCUCUCCUCGUUUCGAUUCGCUUCCUAGCUGUUGCGGAUCCGAACACUUCCAUUUCCUGCGCAACCCAAUCGUCUUUUGGAGUAGUUUGAAUGUUCGUUCGUGCAUGAGUAGUUUUGAACGGUCCCUUGCGAAUUCGAUUGAGACUGUGAUGGCCUCUGCCGUCGUGAAUUUCGUGAAUGCGACGUUGGAUUGGGUGAUGUUCCCGUUGGAUGCUACUUCUACGCGAGCUGUGGUUUUCGGAGUCCAUAUCGGUGGACAUUUAUUCAUCGAAGUUUUUCUGUUGGUGGUCAUACUUUUCUUGCUUUCGCAGAAAAGUUACAAGCCUCCUAAAAGGCCAUUGACAAACAAGGAAAUUGAUGAGUUAUGUGAUGAAUGGGUUCCGGAAGCCCUUAUUCCUACUCUUAAUAAAGAGUUGCAGUAUGAACCACCAGUGCUGGAGAGUGCUGCUGGGCCACAUACCAUAAUUAAUGGCAAAGAAGUUGUCAAUUUUGCUUCAGCAAACUAUCUUGGGUUUGUAGGUCAUCCAAAGCUACUUGACUCUUGUUCUUCUGCGUUAGCAAAAUAUGGUGUUGGUUCUUGUGGUCCCCGUGGGUUUUAUGGGACAAUUGAUGUCCACCUUGAUUGUGAAGCAAGAAUAGCGAAAUUUUUAGGAACUCCUGAUUCAAUUCUCUACUCUUACGGACUUUCCACUAUGUUCAGUGCAAUUCCUGCUUUCUCUAAAAAAGGAGAUAUAAUUGUAGCGGAUGAUGGAGUUCACUGGGGAAUACAGAAUGGUCUUUAUCUUUCUAGAAGCACAGUAGUGUAUUUCAAGCACAAUGACAUGGACUCUUUAAGGGAAACACUAGAGAACAUUACUGCCAAAUAUAAGCGGGCCAAGAAUUUGAGGCGAUAUAUUGUUGUUGAAGCUCUCUACCAGUUUGGUUCAGUCAUAGCUUUGCCUUACUCCAAUUUGAAUUCUGGCCAAAUAGCACCCUUGGACGAGAUCAUUAAAUUGAAGGAAAGAUUUCGAUUUCGUAUUUUGCUGGAUGAGAGCAAUUCAUUGGGUGUGCUUGGAAGUUCUGGAAGAGGUCUCACUGAAUACUGUGGAGUUCCGGUUGAGAAGAUAGACAUAAUAACUGCUGCUAUGGGACAUGCAUUGGCCACAGAAGGAGGAUUCUGCACUGGAAGUACAAGAGUUAUAGAUCACCAACGAUUGAGUAGCUCUGGUUAUGUCUUUUCUGCUUCUUUGCCUCCUUAUCUUGCAAGCGCUGCAAUUACAGCUAUUGAUAUCCUGGAGGAAAAUCCCAAUCUGAUAACAAAGCUGAAAAGCAAUAUUUCUUUGCUAAGGAAAGGAUUGUCAGAAAUACCAGGCAUCACAAUUGCAAGUAAUCCAGAGUCACCUAUUGUUUAUUUGAGAUUAGAGAAAUCAACAGGUUCCAUGAAAGAUGACCUGCGUCUGCUUGAAAAUAUCGCAGAACGGGUUUUGAAAGAAGAAUCUGUAUUUGUGGUUGUUUCCAAAAGAUCAACAUUGGACAGAUGCCGUUUGCCUGUAGGAAUUAGAUUGUUUGUUUCUGCAGGCCAUUCAGAGUCUGAUGUGCUCAAGGCAUCUGAAUCAUUGAAAAGGGUUACUGCAUCAGUCCUGGGUGGUUAA